AUGUCGACGACAAAGUCGACACCCAAAGCACAAGCCGACCGGCUUACGCUAAUAGAGGAGGAAAUGCUGUUCCUCAAAGAAGUCCCUUACACCCUCCGCUUCCUGGAAGCACGGGUGACCGAAUUGAGUGAUAAAGUCGUAGGAAUCGACGCAAUGGGCAACCGCCUGGAUGGGUUGCCAAUCGCAGAAUUGAUGUUUCGAGUGACCUCGCUCGAAGAAAGAGUUGCUCCUACGAGCAGCCCAAAACCAUCUGGUAGUCCGGAUAGCUCUGUCGCGCACAAGGAGGGACGUGGCGAAGAGUUCGACGUGCUACAAAAUACAAUGAUGAGCUUGUUCAAUGGACUAGCUGAUGAGUUCAGAACAACAAUCGAUGACAUUCAAGAAAGGAUGGCCUCCAUGGGCACUCGAAUUGAAGUGACCAUGAAAGCUGUGGAGAACGUCACGGCUGGACAAACAAAUACAGGGUCCAGCAAACUAAGAUUCCCAGAUCCUAGAGCCUUUAAAGGGAAUCGGGACGCCAAAGAGUUAGAAAACUUCAUCUUUGAUGUUGAACAGUACUUCAAAGCCACAACGGCUUGUACUGACGACAAGAAGGUGACCGUAGCCUCGAUGUAUCUCACAGACGACGCCAAACUGUGGUGGCGUACGAAGGUGCAAGACAUCGAGGAUGGAUUGUGCACCAUUGACUCGUGGGAGGACCUUAAGAAAGAGUUGAGGGACCAGUUCCUCCCCGAAAAUGCAGGACAUUUAGCAAUGGAAAAGCUAGUAGCCCUGAAACACACUGGAGGCAUACGAGACUAUGUCAGACAGUUCUCAACCCUGAUGCUCGAUAUCAGGGGCACAUCAGAGAAGGACAAGGUGUUCUUCUUUAUAAAUGGGUUACAACCGUGGGCCAAAACAAAGCUACACGAGAACAAGGUCCAAACCCUAGCCGCCGCAAUGGCCUGUGUCGAGAGACUCCUAGACUAUGGGAACGAAGCGGGAUCCCAAAGGAGAAUAACACCAGCCCCAAACACUGGUGGCAAGCCAUACAAACCACCAAGUCAUCGAAAUGGAAGCCCCAACAGGCCGAACGGAGGUAACGACAGACCAAGCGGAUGGACGGAUAGACCUCCACAGAAUAACCAAGCAGGGACAUCUCGAGAACCUUACCAUCAAAGGAACCACCCGACGACGCCGUUACAAUGCAUGCUCUGUAAAGGUCCCCACAAGGUAUCUUACUGUCCUCAUCGGGUCUCUCUCACUGCGCUCCAAGUGUCCAUUCAAGAGAGCAAUGACGCAAGGGUUGAGACUAUGCUUGACAAGAAGGAAGAUCAAGACAAUCCCCGAAUGGGCGCACUUAAAUUCUUGUCAGCUCUCCAACGAAAGGUCGAACCGAAGGAGAUAGUAGAGAAAGGACUCAUGUUCGUAGAUGCGACAAUAAAUUUCCAACCGAAUAGGAGCACUCUGAUAGAUUCAGGAGCGACCCACAACUUUAUCGCUGAUCAAGAAGCCCGAAGAUUAGGACUCACUAUAGGAAGGGACCCGGGAAAAAUGAAAGCUAUCAACUCUGAGGCCUUGCCUAUUGUGGGAGUUUCCAAAAGAGUCCCCUUUAAAAUAGGGGAUUGGACAGGAGAGCUAGAUCUUGUCGUAGCUCGCAUGGACGACUUUGACGUGGUACUUGGGAUGGAGUUCCUCCUAGAACACAAAGUUAUCCCAAUGCCGCUGGCAAAGUGCUUAGUGAUCACCGACCGCAACCCCACAGUAAUACCUGCAAGCAUCAAGCAACCAGGUAAUCUUCGAAUGAUCUCGGCCAUACAAUUGAAAAGGGGACUCGCACGAGAGGAACCUACAUUUAUCGCCAUACCAUUGAUGGAAGUAACAACCACCGAAGAAACUGUCCCAAAUGAAAUCAAUGAGGUACUAAACGACUAUGCCGACAUAAUGCCAGAGAGCUUACCCCAAACAUUACCACCUCGUCGAGGCAUUGAUCACGAAAUCGAACUCAUCCCCGGAGUUAAACCGCCAGCGAAGAACGCAUACUGGAUGGCUCCGCCCGAGCUAGCCGAAUUAAGGAAACAACUGGAUGAGUUGCUGAAGGCGGGAUUCAUCCGCCCGGCAAAGGCACCAUAUGGAGCCCCCGUACUGUUCCAGAAGAAGAAGGAUGGGACGUUGCGUCUGUGUAUAGACUACAGAGCCUUAAACAAGGUGACG